AUGGAGUAUCUUACUGCUGAUGGUCUUAUUUUGUUAAUAUAUGAGCAUCUUAAGGAUAAAGUUAAGGCUAAUAAGGAUGAUCCCUUUUUGGAGAAUGCCCAUAUUUCUGAGGAUUAUGAUAGUUAUGACUCUGAUGAGGAUUCUUCCAAUCUUCCCCCUAAAAAUAAAUCGAAAGUUAGUAAAAAAGAAGAAGAAGACAUUGAAGACAAGGUUGAUUCUGAGCAGGAGCAAGAGAAGGAGGUGGAAGAAGAGGCAAAGAAUGAGCAAGAGAAGGAGGUUGAGGGUGAGGAAGGAGACAAGGAUAAUGAUUAG